CUUCUGCUUGAAACAUAUGGAAAAGUCAGUUCGGUCUUGUAAAAACAGGUUUCCCAGUUGUGUUUUUCAUCUGCCAGUGAAGAUCUCAAAAAGUCUGGGUCAGAGUGUUUCAUUUGGAUUUCUGCACAGAGAGAAAGUUGCCAGGAUAGCAUCUGUCUAAAGCGCUCACGAUGUCCGGGUCCCAGGCUUGCCUGCCCCCAGUGCUCCUCUUGGCCAUGUGCUUCUGCCAUUCGACGGAGGUAGCGCACAGCAUACAGCAAAGCUUCAAGAGUGAGCUCCUCAACUUUUAUCAUACAUUCAUCCUCGCAGAUGGCAAGGAAACCACAGUGCACCUCCUGGAAGAUAUACCCAAAAGGUACUAUUUUGUUUUAGAGAAAGGCAGGACCUCUGCACCGUUCACUGUGAGAGUAACUCCGUGCGAUGUCCCCAUUGAGUGGAGCAUCCAGGUCCAUAAGACUUCAGCAAACUACCUUGGAAAAGCAGCACGUGAUGAUUUGGACGUUCAGGAAGCCUUAAAGUUUCCAAAGACCAUGAAGACCGUGUCUACUCUCUUCAGCUACAGAGGCAAUUCUGUGGAGACAUACAUGGGGACAUCGUACUAUUCUGCUGUCUACGUGCUGGAAUUCCUGUCCAUUGAAAGAGACACCCAAAUCACGGUGUAUCUAACGACAGACACAACUUCUGAGCACCUGUAUCCAGAACUCCCAACGGAUCCACGCAUAGAUGUCGUUGGCAUUGGCCACACCACGGUAACCCUAGCUUGGAAGCAGAGUUCAACAGCCCUGCAGCACAAAGAAAAUGUCCAGUAUUGUCUUCUGGUGAACGAAAGGCAUAACUACAAGAGCUUAUGUGCAGCGGAAACAGCCCUAAGACCUUCUGGGGUGACGUCGCCCCAAGCGUUAGCACUCUCACUGUCCCCGUAUUUCCUGGACCCUCAGCAAGUGAUGAUCUUGCCCAACGGCGAACUGAGCCUUGUUAGCAAAGCUGGCAAUGGGGAGGUGAGGCAGAUAUGUGUUGGCACCAAGAACACCUACACAGUCACCAACCUGAGUCCCAGCACUCAGUAUUACUUCGAUGUGUUUGUGGUCAACUUCCUCACCAACGCCAGUGCUGCCUACACUGGAACCUUUGCCCGAACCCUCGAGGAACCGGAGCCCAAAGUCACCAUCCUAAAGGAUGGGAAGGUAAUUCAACUCACCCUGGAUGGGAGGAAACAAGCACUCCAUGAUCUGCAGUACCAAGCUGUGCAAAAGCAGGUUCAGUUUGCUUUUCAGUCUUGCAGUGGCCAAAUACGGGUCAAGAUAGCCAGAGGUGGGAAAGUGCUCAUGUCAGAGAGCUUUGCCGGCUUGAGGCACUUCAUGCUGAAGGGAAGGCCGGGAGACCUUUACCUGGUGCACCUGGGUUCCACAGAACCUUCAAACGCAUCUGUGAAGGUACAGGUGUCCUCUCUCUUCCACAGGCCUUUCUUCCCAGCCUUGCCAGAGAGUUUGAAAAUCAAGUCAUUCAGCAAGCUGAGGACUUGCAAUUCGGUCACCAUUGCCUGGCUGGGCACACAGCAGGUGAGCAAGUACUGCGUCUACAAGAAACAGAUCGAGGAGGACCAGGUGUGGAUGGAAACCAGGAACGCUGACAGGUGCUCAGGGCCAGAGUCAAGGCAAAAAGGCGACAAGGUGCUGUGCAAAUACUUUCAUGAUCUCAAUCUCCGGAGAGCUGUGACGACCGAAACCAUCGGCGGGCUUGAAGCAGGCACGGUCUACUUAUUUGAUGUUUACCUCAUUGGGCCUUCUGGGAUUCCAGUCAGAUAUUACAGUAAAGUGGUAAAGACGCGGAAGAAAUGUUGAAGUUCUCCUUCAAAGAUGGGUUCCUGAGGAAUUGACAAAGUUGGAGGAAUUCCAUGCACGGGCCGCAUUUGUGACCCAUGCCACUCAAAACGUGCUCGGACUGGGACAGAAAACAGUGUUUUAUGUUGCAAGAUUUGAGAGGUGGAAUCUCUGUGUAGAAAAGUAGACUUGCUCCCAGGACCUUUCCCCCUGCAAUUCUAUCUCGCUCUUAUCUGCAAUUUCAUUGAAAGGGUUUAAAACAGAAGGGUGGUAUCCAACUAACUUUUACUCAGAGCAGACCCACUGAAAUUAGCAUGUCUAACUCAGCCA